GCGGGUCACGUGACUAACGUUUCCGCGAAGCCCGCGUGCAGCUUUUCUCCAGCGGGACGGUAGCAGCCUCACAGCGCGCGCGCUUGCUCGCUCGCUGAACUCAACAAACACAGACCCAGACACACCACAUAGGCACAGACACACCGAGAGUCAGCGGGGAGCUCGGCGGCGGAAAAGUCACGUUAAAGACCAGCAGAACCGAAAUGCGAGUCUCUAAUUCGACGAGAUAACAGCGUCCUGACUUUUGGAAGUCGGUGGACUCAUCCUGAGCGCGAGCCUGAGUGAAAAGCCUGGAACUGCACGCUACGAUCACUGCAUGACCUCCAGAAAAUCUCACUCCCCCCUAAUGCCAGGAAUGCCUGCUGUGAGGAUGGAUAUGAUGGAUAUGCUUAACUGAAGAACAGAUGAAUGAAUGAGGGGUGAAGAGCUCGGAACCGUAUUUCUAAGAUAGUAACUGAAUUUGGCAACAAUGAGUGCCAAGUCAGCCAUCAACAAAGAGAUCUUUAUCCCACACAACGAGAGGAUGUUGGCAGCCGUGCAGGUGAAGAGGAGGACGAAGAAGAAGAUUCCCUUCCUGGCUACAGGUGGUCAGGGCGACUACAUGACUUUCAUCUGCCUAUCAGUGACCAAUAAGAAGCCAACCGAGAUCUCUAUUACAAAAGUGAAGCAGUUUGAGGGCUCUUCCUCAUUUGUCAGAAGAUCCCAGUGGAGUCUUAACCAGUUGCAGCAGGUGAACGGCAUUGACCCUAACAGGGAUUGUCCUGAGUUUGACCUGACAUUUGAGAACGCGUUUGACCAGUGGGUAGCCGGCUCAGCUGGGGACAAGUGCAUGUUUGUGCAGGUCCUACACAACACGUGCCAGCGCUACAGUGCAGAAAGAAAACCAGAGUUUGUCAACUGCCAAUCCAAACUGCUGGGAGCAGAAGAGCAAUCAGUAAAUUCAGUCAUUUACCGUUGCAAGAUCUUUUUGAACAGAAUGAGGAAGACAGUUAUGUCGGACCCAGGUGUCCUACUUCAAGCAGGUAACAGCAUCCUGCACUCUGCAGCCGACAGUGUGAGUAGCGCGGUUCUGAAGGCCAGUCAGGCACUGAACGAGCGUGGAGAGAGACUGGGCCGUGUGGAGGAGAAAACUGGAGACAUGAUGAACAGUGCUCAUCAGUUUGCUGAUACUGCACAUAAGUUGGCCAUGAAGCACAAAUGUUAAACUGUGCCAAAUCACAGAGUGUUCUGCCAACGAUGCCCGGGUGGACGAAUUUGAGAUAUUAUUCUUUAAACAAAAAAUAUUUAACACUAGUAUUAUGACUUAAUGCUGUUUUUUUUUUUUUUGUUGUUUUUUUUUUUGGCUUUUUAAAAUUUAUUAUUAUUAUUAUUAUUAUUAUUAUUAUUAUUAUUAUUAUUAUUAUUAUUAUUUUUACACCUUCCUGGUGUUUCCCUAAGAGGAGUUCAAGCUGGGGUAAAAGAUGUCUGGCCCAAUGACUGUGCGUGACGAAAAAGCAGUUAGGGCGUUUUAUGUUUUCAGGAGCCUGGUUCCUUUCACAAAGGGGAACGGGUGCAGAGAUUACUGGGGUCCUGGAUGCAGGAUUAUUUUACUGAAGGCAACAGGGCACUGUGUUACAUUUAGGGCCAAUUAAACUGGAUGUACCGAAGACAAACCAUUUAUUAGCAGUUGCCUAAGGGUAUGACUUAUUUAUCUCUGAACCCACAUUGCAUUUCAUAUCAUGAGUGAGUGCUAGGUAGUCUGAAGAGGGCUGAAAGUUGCUUAAUAACCAUUUCCUUAGCCAAACAUUUUUAAUAUAUGCUGUGAUAAAGAAACAAUAGCAGAAUCAGUUGUUUGCAUUUUUCAUGAUACGAAAUGUUCGUAUUUUUGGCCAGAGAUUUCAUAUAUUUCGACCAUGAAAAUAGAAAAUAAACUAAUAGAAUUUGAAGUUUGCUAUCAAGUUGAAUUAAAUGCUUAGCAAUGUAUGUCGAUGUAUAUCUAAACUUAUUUUUAAAUGGAAUCUCAAAUCAAAAGCAGUGCUCUGUAUGGCUUUUGUGUUGGUUUAGACAAUGUUAUUCACAUAUAAAUAGACAGCAUUUAAGUUCAAUAGGUUUGAAUUGAGCACUAUGUCAAAAGUGCAAUACGUACAAGUUCCAGUUUAAGCUUUUAUGCAGGGGAAUUUAUUAUUAAAUACAAAUGGUAGGUAAGAAAUGUUCACCUUUUGAGAUGAUUUCCAUGUGAGGGGAAAAAUGCUUAAACUUCACACCACAGUUGCCAUUGAGGAUCAUUUCCUUUACAACAGUUGUAACGUAUUAAGUGGACACAGUACCAGUUAGUUUAGUUCGGCAGUACAUUCUUACAUACUAAUCAUGGUGCACUGCCACUACCAAUGAGCUUUUAAUGGUGUAAGUGACUUUCUGUAUUCUGUAACCGUAUGCGAUGUCACAUGAUUUGCUUGUAUGAGUCGACGGAGGUUAACAUUUGAUUAUUUCAUGCUCAAGCUACAUAAUUACAAGUUGAUCUUUGUGUAAAACAAAUGAGAUAUUUUUAAGAAUUUGUAUAACAUGUUUGUGAACCGAAGUGCACCUCAAACUGUUUUAUUGGUAGCAAUAUUUUGUGGCUUUCAAUUAGUACUUAGUAACUGUAGCUGUUUACAUAAUAGCGGAUUUCAUUACAGGCAGCAGCUUACUGAGUCUGAGGUGCUUGCUUUACUCGUGUGGGGUUUUUUUCUUUUCAGUUCAGCAUGCAGUUAUGAUGCACUGAAAUCUUUAUCAUCAUCCAGCAACAGAACUCUCUUAAACAACACAGUGGUCAUUUUUUUUAAUGAAAAUGUAAACCGUUUUGAAUGCACAUGUAAUAUUAACUGGCCGUCAUUUCCAACUGCAUGAUUAUUCAUGUUUUCUUAAAUAUUAUCAAUGUUUUUACACAAUUCAUUUCCAGACACACACGUUUACAGAUUCAUACUGCAUACUUUUGAGUUGACCAUGCUAGCAGUACUUUAGUUUUUAAACCCUGUGAAUGUAUAGUUUAUUGUUCUGAUUUGCAUUAUUAUUGAAAAAUAUAAAGGGCGGUAGAUUUGAGAGUAAUAUUACAUACACAUGUUGAUUUUAAUGGUCCGGUACAGCAGAGUUCUCUGGUCCCAGCGUUGGAGGAUGAAAAUUGUGAAGACACUCAGCCCUGGGUUUAAUUUUUAACUGUGGAUAAAUGUUUAAAGGCUCUAUGUAGAAACUAAAAUUGCACAAUCUAAGUCAAAUUUUGAGUGUCAAACACCUUCAUAGGUGAAAUAAAGGGAGAUAAUUUAUUAAAUCAUACGUUUGCGCUACAUUCCUUGAGUUCUGAGAGUAAAGAAGGUGAAAAGGACAGACAUGUUAUGUUCGAUAUCUUGCACAACCUGUACAUUUAGUCCCAAUAAUAGUGCCUUUGUCAAAUAUAUUUUUAAUUUCUUUUAUGAAUUUAAUCAUGCUUGUUUUUCCUUAGCAUAUGCUUUAUGUGUAAAGUUUUAUGAAUGUAAUGUGUAUUCAAUAAUUUACCCCAAAGUGAUAAUCUCAUUAAUACCAAUUAAAAUCUCAGUAUUGUUUUUAUAUGGAGUUUUAAAAAUAUCUAAAUCAAAUUCCUAGUGAAUGUGAUGCAGUGUAUAAGUUCACAUGAUGUGUCAUAACUGUAAAGACUCUGGUUUCUCAUUUAUUUUAUUAAGUUCACUCCAAGUAUCUCUCCAAAUAAACAACUGACAUUCCUGGUUUGUCACUUCUCCCACAAAAUGUCAUUCCUCCAUGUAAUGUACUUUAUAUAACAGAAAGAGUUUGAAAGUUUGAAGCAAUCAGGGAUUCAUGCAUAAUUUAGUUUUUUCUUUCUAUUUGUAUUAUUUUUUUUUUUUUUAUUAAUUUGCAGUGUCUCUUAACGUAAGCCAAACAUCUGUAUGUCUGUGUCCCCCACCAUCUGUUUACAGUUUGUGUUGUGGUGUUUGUGUUGUCACGUUAAUCUCCAUGUCUCUGUGUUCUUGUUAAGGGCUUCAAUUAUAUUAUUAUGGGGAGUUUCUUUUACAUUUUGAAGAACUGUUGCUUCAUGUGAGUAUCCCAGAACCAGGGGCGUAACCUGGCCCGGGCAUUCGGGGCUUCAGCCCCAAAGAUUUUUUCUUUAGCCCAGAAUAAUACUCCAGUUAGAGCGGUUUGUCACUAUGUAACCGAACUUCAAAGAAGAUGGCAGGGUUGUGAUUUUGUAUCUUCAGUGAACAGAGUAUUGUAUUUUAUCUUCAGUGAAUAGAGGUGAGACCAAUCGGACAGGGUUUACAGGAAAAUACGUGGAAAUACUCGUGUCUUAUUGGCUGACCGCACUCAAUUCUGUCAAAUGCUAGCUCACACAGUCAGGUAGGGGGGAAAUGGAUAUUUGCCAAUUACUUUUUUUUUAAAUUAUUAUUUUAAUCAGUAAAGGGGUUGAAACUGAAACAGUAGCAUCCUCUGAUGCUGAGCGGGAAAACAAGGUUGUCAAUGUCUGUACGAGUUCCAAGUUACGUGAACAUGAUAUGAGCAGAGCAUAAGGACAGAUAAUGUACUUUGCAUGGCACUGUAGCAGCUAAAUAGUGACGCGUCGUUGGGAACGAGUCGGUUCUAUGAGCCGGGGUGUUUUGUUUUGUAAAUUAAUACAAGAUAGAAUAAUAGGAUGAUCUUUUGCCACACCGCUUGGCCACGCGCACUCCGUGCACUGACUGAAUGUAAUUACGUGUAUUCUAACAACAUGAAGGCACAAUGUAGAAUUUGUACGGUAAAAAUAUAUGGAGCAGGGUCUACUGACAGCCUUCACGGCCGUAUUAGAAUUCCACAUCCAACAGUGCAAUAGAUACAACUUUUUGGGCAAUUUUCACGUUUUUAAGGUAAUUAGCCCUCACAUGCAAGAAAAAAUAAUGCAUGCAAACAGUCUAUUUAGAAGCAUGUUUUUAAAAGUUUUUUAAUGGACAACAAUCUGGACUCAUCCCCGUAUGAUUAACAGUCCGGAUAACGCCCCUGUACAGAACCCAGUUCUACCAAAUCUGUUAUUAUAUGAUGAUGUACUCAGUUGCAGCCUUAAUACUUUCGGUUUUGCUUUAAUCCUGCAGAACUGCACAAACUGCGUAAAACUUUGUGAAUAGUUUUCAUCUAAAUGUAUAGUAUUUUCAUUCUAUCCUUGCACUUUUCUUUUAACUGGUUUCCAUUCCAUUAAUUUUAUUCCAACUUAAGAUUGUUUCUGUGUCUAGCUUUAAAUGUCCCAGUGAAUAGCACCUGUCAUAAGAGCUGGUUCAAAAUGUAAUGGUUACAAAAUAAAUGAUGCUAAUAAUAAACUGAGCUGUGCAUUAUUCAGUUUUGUGGAUCCAUACCAUUUAUUUUCUACAGAGUACGAAUGUUGUGUCAAGUAUGUGACUCUGAAAGAAUGUGAUUCUCACCGCAAAGUUUUGCCUAAGACUGUCACUGUCAAAAUAAUAAGUCCUAUAGGUACCAUUGGAACUAAAAACUGACUUUUUUAACUGAAUGACUGUGGGCAAAGUUUAAUCUCAGAUUUUGAUAAUAACAAAUUUAACUUUUAUUUUGGGCAAAUGUGCAUUUAAUGCAAUGCUGUGGUUUUAGAAAAUUAUUUAUGAUUUAAAAGUGAUUUUUCACAGUAAAAAAAAAAAAAAAUUGAAAGUAUCUAAAUGUCCAUUAAUGUCACACUCUGCUGUUUGAUUCCUAGCAGGAGUAAUAUACAGCGGUGGCAAUAUUUAGUCUGAGUGCCAGGGUGUGCUCUGUGGAUGUCUUACUGAUGAUAAAUUAUCUCACUAACACUGUUGUGCUUUUUAUUUCAUAUCAAUGUAUUUUUCAAUAGAUUCAUUGCUUUAUACUGCACUGAAAUGAACUUCUUCCCUUUUGUUCAUGCUUUCAUAAGGGUAAUCUUAUAAAUUGUUUCGUUUUAGUAUUUAGUUUACGGAUAUUUUGUAGUUGGUUUUCUGUUGAAUAUCAAAUAAAAACCAUCAAACAUUG